AUGGCUCGUUUCAACUUGUCUUUGCUUCACAAGAUAAAAGCACUUCUUUCAAAACUCCAAGACUCAAAAAGAGAGCGUCGUUACUCCAGCACAUUCUCGUGGGGUGAAGAUAUCGAACUCCAAGAUCCAUCUCCUGCUCUACUCCAGGACACGCGUGAGCACUGGAACCCAACCAGAGAGGCUAUUGUAUUAGAGUAUCGAUAUCCCAAGACUAUAUCGACAUCUCUUAGCACUCAUCCCAACAAAGAGAUCAUCGUGCUGCCGGAACCAGGCAUAUCAUAUAAUACGACACCUCCCCUCCAUCCGACGGAAGGGUAG